AUGUACGAUCCAGCACGGGACUCGUGGGAGGCUCACCGCGUCCCCGACAAGCCCGCGUCACAGCCACCUGACUAUUCGCACUCAGCUACGCAACCUGUGACGCAAGAACAAUCUUCAUCUACGACCUCUCAGACCCAUCCACCUGCGCAACGCCCCCCAGAAACAGACCGGUCCUCGAAAAAGGAAUCAACCAGAGACGAGACGCCUUCAUCUCAUCCCAAAUCCAAAAUGACCGAUCUCCCCUCCGCUUCGCCCGAGCGAUCGGCCGCCUCUCCUCAAGCCGAGAAUGACUCCUCCCCAGCCGACAAAAAGCGAAAGUUGACCGACGAGGAACCGAAGCCCGCCGGGGUGGCCGAUCGACCGAUCUCGAAACGCAAGCGCAUGGAAGAGCGACACCAGAAACUGCGCAAACGCGGCCGAACCCCCCCGUCGGCGUAUGCUCGCCGAGACGCGGAAGAGGCUUCCAGGGCGGCGCCGGCUCGAAAUGAUCGAUCCGUCUCGCCGCUGGCGCCUCGUCGAUCCCCGACGCCGGAAGAGCAGCCUCGUCAGCGGAAGCGCCCCGGUGGUGGUGCCCGCAUGGGACUGGUGGAUCGGGAAACUCUCCGUCGGAGACAGGAAGACCGGGAACGGGCGCAGGAGGAGGAUGCCGUGCGGACUUCGCAGACGCGGGGCCUCACCGACAUCGUCCGACAGCACUACAACGCGGUGCCGCAGCGGGGUCGCGAGUGGCGAAAGACCGAGAGUAAGAUCAAGGGACUGCGGACGUUCAACAACUGGAUCAAGAGCACGCUCAUCCAGAAGUUCUCGCCCGAUGAGGAGUUCGUGGCCCGGUCCAUCGGCACCAAGGACUGGGCGGAGGAGACGGCGCCACCGCCCGUGGAGGAACGACGGCUCCUGGUGCUGGACCUGGGCUGCGGCAAGGGCGGCGAUCUGGGCAAGUGGCAGCUCGCGCCGCAGACGGUCGAUCUGUAUGUUGGCCUGGAUCCCGCCGAGAUCUCGACGGUGCAGGCGCGCGAGCGGUACAACCAAAUGCGAUCGGGGCGCGGCUCGCGCGGCCCCCGUCGCGGCCCCCUCUUCCACGCCGAGUUCGUUCCCAAGGACUGCUUCGGCGAGUGGCUGGGUGACAUUCCGAUCGUGCAACAGGUCGGGAUCGACCCUAAUGCCGGACCGGGCGGAUCAGCCAUGGCCGCGCGCUGGAGCGGCGGGGGUGGGUUCGACGUGGUGGCGUCCAUGUUCGCCAUCCACUACGCGUUUGAAAGCGAGGAAAAAGCGAGACAGAUGCUGCGGAACGUGGCCGGGUCCUUGAGAAAGGGUGGUCGGUUCAUCGGCGUGUGCCCGAACUCGGAUAUCAUCAGCGCCGAGGUGGCCGCGUUCAACGCGAAGAAGAAAGAGCGUGAGGCCACCAGCAAGAAAGAGCAGGCUGAGCCGGAGGACGGCGAAGUCGAGGAGGAGGCGAAGGUGGAAUGGGGCAAUUCGAUCUACCGCGUGCGAUUCCCCGGCGAGACCCCGGAGGAUGGCAUUUUCCGACCUCCUUUCGGAUGGAGAUACAGCUAUUUCAUGCAGGAAGCGGUGGAGGAGAUUCCUGAAUAUGUGGUUCCUUGGGAAGCAUUCCGAGCACUGACGGAGGAUUACAACCUGGAACUUCAAUAUCGCAAACCGUUCAUGGAAGUCUGGCGUGACGAGAAGGACGACGCGGAGCUGGGACCUCUCAGCGAGCGCAUGGGAGUUCGCGACCGCAACACGGGAGAGCUUCUCAUGACGGAGGAAGAGAAGGAAGCAGCUAGUUUCUAUCACGCAUUUUGCUUUUAUAAGGUGUGA